ACCCAAAUUGAGAUUCCUGAAAAUUUCAUCUCCAUCUUUCCCUUCUCGAUUUGCAUUUUAGAUCUGGAAAUUUCAUUCGUUUUGAGCUUACCCUAGUUUUUUGAAGUUCAUCUUCGCUUUUUUCAAUUGAACAAAGAUGUCUCGAAGGUACGACAGUCGCACAACAAUCUUCUCCCCAGAAGGUCGUCUUUACCAAGUUGAAUAUGCAAUGGAAGCUAUAGGAAACGCUGGUUCUGCCAUUGGAAUUCUAUCAAAAGAUGGCGUUGUUCUCGUUGGUGAAAAGAAAGUCACUUCCAAACUUCUCCAAACCUCAACUUCAACCGAAAAGAUGUACAAGAUCGAUGAUCACGUAGCUUGCGCUGUUGCAGGCAUAAUGUCGGAUGCAAAUAUCCUCAUCAACACAGCUAGGGUUCAAGCUCAACGUUACACCUUUGCCUACCAAGAGCCGAUGCCUGUAGAACAGUUGGUUCAAUCUCUCUGCGAUACAAAGCAAGGUUACACUCAGUAUGGUGGGCUCCGCCCGUUUGGUGUUUCGUUUCUUUUUGCAGGUUGGGAUAAGAAUUAUGGGUUCCAGCUUUACACUAGUGACCCUAGUGGGAACUAUGGUGGUUGGAAGGCUGCAGCCAUUGGCGCAAAUAAUCAGGCUGCACAAUCGAUGCUUAAGCAGGAUUAUAAGGAUGAUAUCACGAGGAAGGAAGCUGUUCAGCUUGCUAUUAAGGUGUUGAGUAAGACUAUGGAUAGCACUAGUCUUACAUCGGAGAAGCUUGAGCUGGCUGAAGUGUUUGUGUCUGAUGGGAAAGUUAAGUAUCAUGUGAGUUCGGCUGAGUCCCUAGGAAAGCUGUUGGCCGAGUCUGGAUUGACUCAACCUGCUGCAGAGUCGGCUUAAAUAAUUAUUAUCAGUUCGUUUGGUACGAUUAUUGCUUUUCGCUUUCUUAUUUGCGAUUUCCAUGAUAGAAUCAUGUGGAAGGAGCGAACCGAAUCCUUUUGUUGUCUUAACUUGGAUUCUCAUGUUUACAGUUUUAUGAUUUCCUUUGUCUGGACAUAUAUAUAGAUAGUAUUGCAAUCUUUUUCUGCUCAUAA